UCCUUAAUGUGUGUUUGUUUAAAAAAAAAAAAAAACAACAACAUUGAUGGUCACACAUGUAACUUACAAGAUUUAUAUUGUUUGAUGUGAUGUGCUCCAAUAAACAAAGUUAUAAAAAAAAAAAAGAAACACAAUCUGUCCAACCAAAUCCGCUGCUGUUCCAAUUUCAGGUGCGCCCUCCCGAUCUCGGAAGUUUGUACUUGGAAGUCCGAACUUUGCGUACUUGGUACUGAGAAGCGGCUAAAGUUUCUACAGGGGGUUUUUUUGGGCAAGAGGAGGUCUUUAGCCAAUGAUGACAAAGGGGCAGGAGUCAGGUCUGUAUCUGAUGAGGAGGACAUUUUACUGUCAGAGUAAGGCAUACAACUGCUGGCCUAUACAUGAACCUGAAGAGAGGGAGAGAAAGGGAGACAGAGGAGCUGGUCAAGCUCUCUUACAUCACUUGGAUAUCAUACAAUGGACUCUAACAUGACUAUUGUGAGGCCAGCAUACUUCAUUAUCAGUGGCUUUUCAGGCAUCCCUCAUGUAAACUACUACUAUUUAUUUUUACUGGUGCUCUACAUCAUGUCAGUGAUGGAAAACGGGAUAGUGAUGGCCUUGAUCUGCUUCGACCAGAGUCUCAAGACUCCAAAGUAUAUUGCUGUGUUUAACUUGGCGUUUGUAGACAUGGUCGGCAGCUCCGCCCUGGUGCCCAAGGUUAUCGACACGUUCUGGUUCGAGCACAAGUACAUCUCGUACAGCAACUGCUUAACCUAUUUGUUUUUUUAUUAUGUGAUCCUCAUCAUGCAGUCUCUUAAUCUGGCUUUACUCUCCUUUGACAGGCUAGUAGCAAUCACCUUUCCAUUGCGCUAUCAGAUCAUUGUGAGUCUGAAGACCAUGUUCUCACUGGUGGCUGUUAGCUGGAUUAUCUCCAUCUUUGACAUGUUAGUAGCUGUAGGAUUUCUAAUCCGGCUGUCCUAUUGCAGGUCUGUUGUUAUCAACAGCUAUUUCUGUGACCAUGGGCCGCUCUAUCGACUUGCCUGCAAUGACUAUCGGCCUAAUGAUAUCAUUUCAAUAGUGAUACCAGUAUUUAUUAUUUGGGCUCCAUUGCUCUUUAUUUUGAUAUCUUACAUGUGCAUUGGUGCAGCUUUGGCUAAAAUAGAUGGCGCGCAGGAUAGGAUGAAGGCUUUUAAAACAUGCAGUGCUCAUAUAAUGUUGGUGAUUAUUUAUUACUUACCUAUUCUAGUCACUUUUAAUGUUGCCGCUAAAAUGCCUCGCAAUGCAAGGAUAAUAAGUCUUUCUCUUGCAGCAGUCAUACCUCCAGCGUUGAACCCACUGAUUUAUGUUCUACAGACUCAGGAAAUCAAACUUUCUCUGAAAAAGGUGUUCAAAAGAAUGAAGCAAUCAAAAAUGAGUAGAAUAUCAAUAUGUGAUAUUUAAUUUCAGAUAUUGUGUUGAAGUGUACAAUUUUUGUUAGGCAAAACAUUUGUAAUCGUUUUUUAUAUGACAAAAAGCUAAAAUGGGAUCUUAUAUGAGCUUAUCAUUGUUGUUUAUCAGAUAUUUAUGUGUCUUGUUGAAUUGCAUGCAAUAACAUUCAGGCUGAUAAUACACUUGCCAACAACUGUUAUUCUUCGGGAUCCAUUGCUGUUUAUCUUGAUCACUUACAUGUGCAUUGGCACAGCUUCGGUAAAGAUAGCCCAAACCCUGGAUAGAAUUAAGACUUUUAAAACCUGCAGUGCUCAAAUUAUGUUGGUAGCCAUUUAUUACUAACCUGUUCUAAUCACUUUCACAUUACAUGCUAAAAUACCUCGAAAUGUCAGCAUAAUUAUUGUCUCUUGCUGCUGUCCUUCCUCCAGCGUUGAACCGACUCAUUUAUGUUUUACAGACUCAGGAAAUCAAACAGUCUCUAAAAGAAAUGUUCACAAGAAUAAAAGAAUCACAAACUGCCAUCAAGAUAUUGUGUUGUAUUGUACAUCCUUUGAUAGCUAUUGGUUGAUAAAAACAAACAAAUAAAUAAAAUCCCCUCCUUAAGAUAACAUGUCUUGAUUUUACAGAAUGCCCAAAUUAUUCAUUCAAUAUCAUUACAAUUUUCACAUUGAAUACAUCAUGUUUACAUUAAAUCAGGCUGGAAUAUGAUUCUGUUUGUGAAACACUGUUCAAACUAUUUGAAAAUAACCAAGGAGCUGCAGUAAUAUAUAGGUGGGUUAUUAUUAUUUAAAUGAAAAUAGUUAUGUGUUACUGUGUAUAGCAGGGGUUGGCAACUGGCGGCCCGCGGGCCAUAAUUGGCCCGCCAGACAUAAAAUCUGGCCCGCCAGACAUAAAAUCUGGCCCGCCAGACAUAAUAUCUGGCCCGCCAGAUUAUUCUGAAGUUAUAUGAUUUUAUUUUUUAUUUUUUUAAUAUCGAAUAACUAUAUCUGUUAGCUUAAAUAUAAAUGGCCUGAUACAGUGAACAUUUUUUUCUUUCACAACCGUUUUUGAAUUUAAUUGUAUCAAAUCCUGCUGCUCCCGGAUGGUUAGAGACACACUCAUAAACUGCGAGGGGCUGAGCGGGAGUUAUUGGAAACUAUGCAAUAUUAAAUUAAACAACCCCCAUUUAUAGGCCUAUAUACAACAACCAUGGCGACCCGACAUUCCGUGUUUUUGUGUGAUACUGCAUGUAGAGAAAGCAGGAGCUGUUGACGAAAGUCCACAAAAGAUUUAAGACGCCAAGCUGCGAGACUUUGCUGUUUAAUGCAAGUAGAGACUGAUGAGGUGUAUCAAUCAGCACCCGCCGUGGUGUGUGUGUUUGUGUUUGUGUGUGUGUGUGCAGUCAGUCAGCACCCGCCGUGGUGUGUGUUGUGUUGUGUUGUGUGAAGUGUUCUCAGAGUGGUUGGCUGCUUAAGGUGCGCACUACUGCCCUCUCUUCAGCAUAAGGCAUUCUACACUGCCAAGCCGAUUCGGUCAAGGCUUGGCAUGCCCGGCGAUUUCACUGUCUUCUCUCAAGUUUCCUGUGUAAAACCGAGGAGGUAAAAUCCCCCGUUCGUCACGGCGCGGGCUUUCUUGGUUCACUGGAGAAGGCGGGGCUGCGC